AUGGCAUAUAGGUUCCUUACCAGCAGAGUCGUGCCAUCCUCGAACCGGCUGAGCAGGAGAUCCCUCUUCAUCGCGACACUUUGCCUCUCCUUCACCUACUUGUGCUACAGCCUCCUCUUCUGCUCGGACGCGAUCAUGCAGAGCGAGGGCGACGAGCCGCACCGCUGCCUCCUCCUGCACAGCGCCGCGGCCACCAAGAAGCUCCUGCAGAAGUCCAGCAGCUACUACUGCACGCCGCCCGGGGAGCCGCGGGGGGUCCGGGAGCUGAGCCCGAGCGCGGGCGCGGGCGCGCGACGCCCCGGCGGCGGCGGCGGCAGCGGCGGCGGCGGGAGCGCGGCGGCGCGCAACCAGAGCAGGAGCUCGGCGAGCAGCGGCGCUCCGGACCGCAGGUCCAACAGCAGCGCCGCCGGUGCCGGGGCAGCCAAGUUCGGCAACAAAAAGUUGCCCAACGCGAUUAUAGUUGGCGUCAAGAAGGGGGGCACGCGGGCCGUGCUGGAGUUCAUUCGGAUCCACCCGGACGUGCGCGCGGUGGGCACGGAGCCGCACUUCUUCGACAGGAACUACGACAGGGGAUUCGACUGGUACAGAGGCCUCAUGCCCCGCACCCUGGAUAGCCAAAUCACAAUGGAGAAGACACCCAGCUACUUUGUGACAAGGGAGGCACCUAGAAGGAUCUCCAGCAUGUCCCGGAACACCAAGCUGAUCGUAGUGGUGCGAAACCCUGUCACCAGGGCCAUCUCGGACUAUACCCAGACCCUGUCCAAAAAGCCAGACAUCCCCACCUUCGAGGUGCUGGCCUUCAAAAACAAAAGCCUGGGUCUGGUGGACACCUCCUGGAACGCCAUCCGCAUCGGAAUGUACAUCCUUCAUCUGGAGAACUGGCUGCAGUACUUUCCCCUCUCGCAGAUCCACUUUGUCAGUGGGGAGAUGCUCAUUACAGACCCGGCAGGAGAGCUGGCCAGGGUGCAGGAUUUCCUGGGGCUCAAACGUAUUGUCACAGAUAAGCACUUUUACUUCAACAAAACGAAAGGCUUCCCCUGUCUGAAGAAGCCCGAAAGCAGCAGCUUGCCCCGCUGCCUCGGGAAGUCCAAAGGAAGAACUCAUGUGCAAAUUGACCAGGAAGUCAUCGAGAAACUUCGAGAAUUUUACAGGCCAUACAACAUCAAAUUCUACGAAAUGGUGGGACAUGAUUUCAGGUGGGACUAG